CCCAUCUAACGAUUGUAAACAUUUCGAAAACAAUCAAAAAAUUAUUUUCACAUUUUUAAUUCUCAUUAAAUAAGUAGUCAAAUCUUUUAAAAGAAUGGCUGAUGAUCUAUCAAAUUAUAAGCUCCAACUUCAGCAAGUAGAAGUAGCAUUGUUAACAGAUGCAGAAAAUGCAGAAUUGCUAAAAUUAAAAGAUGACAUCGAACAACUGAUUACACUUCAAAAGGAAUUAAUCAAAACACAAGAAGUAGAACAGCGUAAAUAUAUUGAGCCUUCUAGUUCAGCAAAUGCAGAGAGGACAGCUUACUACAAAGAUCAGAAAAUUAAAGCACCAUUGAAAAUAUGGAAGGUUGGAGAGAAAUGUAUGGCUCGGGAUGCCACAAAUGGACAAUUCUACGAAGCAACAAUUGAAGCCAUCACUGAUGAUGGUGAUGUGAGUGUCAUUUUCGAUACAUAUCAAAACAAAGGACAGACCAAUGUAAAAGAUUUAAAAGAGUACAAAGUUCGUGUCGAAGUUUUUCCUCAGAAUAGUAACAAAAGAGUGAGACCGAACCAUAAAGAAUAUUUAAAGAAGAAGAAACUCAAGAAGCAACAACGAUUAGCUGAGCUUGAAGAGGAGAGAGAAGUCGAGAAAAACAAAUGGCUUCAAUUCAAUAGUAAAGCAAGUAAGAAACAAUUGGUGAAAACGCAAUCAAUAUUUCAAAGUCCUGACACAGUUUCGGGUCGAGUUGGAGUUGGAACUUGCGGUAUAAGUGGAAAACAGAUGACAAGUUUUCAGACAACUCGUGGAGAUAUUCAUAAAAAGAAAAAUUAAAAAGCUUUUAUGAUGUAAUGUCUAGCUCAUAAUGGAAAAUUCUACAUAAAUUUAUCAUAGGCAAUAAAGAAAACUUUUCAAAAUUUAAA